CGCGCUGAAGUCUCGAAAAGAAACACGUCAGUAGAUCGGAUCGGUGACCAAGCGGAGAGAGCUUCUUGGGGUCCGUUUUCAACUCCGCCGCGACGCAGUGCACACUUUCCAUGGGGAAUCGGUGAAUUUCAGCAGCCUUUUUGCGUUGUUCGUAUAAAUUACUAACAAUCGAUCGCGUAAGGACAGAGAGAAUUGAAUUAUCUUACGUGUUCAGGUUAUCCGGUGAAAUUGCGGUGUGGGGUGGUACUGCACAAAAAGUGAAAGUAGUGCAGAAAAUUGCGUUAGUUUUUCCAUUUUUACGAUUGUAGCAGUUCCCGCAGGGCAGUCCAGGAAUGAAACGACAGGGUUGGUUUGGUGGGGGAAGCGCGUGUCUGCUGUUGGUCACGGUGGCGCUGUGUGCGGUGCUCAGGCCAAGCGACGGUGCCGCCGUUAUGUCGGUGGAUUUGGGUAGCGAGUGGAUGAAAAUUGGCGUCGUGUCACCGGGCGUUCCGAUGGAGAUUGCACUGAACAAGGAAUCCAAACGGAAAACACCGACGACGAUUGCCUUCCGCAACGGAGACCGUCUGAUCGGCGAGGAUGCCCAGACGUUGGGUGUACGUUUUCCGGCAAACAACUACGGCUAUCUGAUCGAUCUGCUCGGCAAGACGGUCGAUAAUCCGAUGGUGGAGCUGUACAGGAAACGUUUCCCCUACUACGACAUCAUCGAAGAACCAACCCGCAAGACGGUCGUGUUCAAAACCGGCGACGAGCAAUACACGAUCGAGGAACUGAUCGCCCAGCUGCUCCAGGAGGCCAAGGGCUACGCCGAGGAAUCCACCGGUCAAGCGAUCACCGAGUGCGUCAUCGUGGUGCCCGGCUUUUUCGGACAAGCUGAACGACAGGCACUGGUUUCCGCCGCCAGGUUGGCCAACCUGAAGGUGCUGCAGCUGAUCAACGACUACACGGCGGUCGCUCUCAACUAUGGCAUCUUCCGGCGGAAGGAAUUCAACGAAACGGCUCAGUAUUUUGUGUUCUACGAUAUGGGAGCGUACAAAACGACGGCUUCGGUAAUCAGCUACCAGCUGGUGAAGGACAAAGCAACGAAGGAAAUUUUGCCGGUGGUGCAGGUGCUUGGCGUUGGUUACGAUCGGACGCUGGGAGGCUUGGAGAUGCAAGUGCGACUGAGGGACUAUCUGGGACAGGAGUUCAACAAGAUGGGUAAAACUAAGACGGAUAUUUUCACGAACCCCAGAGCCAUGGCCAAGCUGUUCAAGGAAGCUGGCAGGCUGAAGAACGUGUUGAGCGCCAAUACGGAGCACUAUGCCCAGAUUGAAGGUUUGCUUGAUGAGCAGGACUUCCGCCUGUUGGUGACACGGGAUCGGUUCGAGGAACUGUGCAAAGAUUUGUACGCAAAGGUCACGGCUCCAAUCGAUCGGGCAUUGUCCUUGUCCGGACUGUCGUUGGAUAUUGUCAACCAAGUGGUGUUGUUCGGAGGUAACACUCGUGUGCCAAAAAUUCAGGAAGUUCUGAAGGCGCAUAUCAAGCAGGAACUUGCCAAGAACGUCAAUGCCGAUGAAGCUGCCUGUAUGGGAGCUGUCUAUCGAGCUGCCGAUUUGGCCACCGGUUUCAAGGUGAAGAAGUUCGUUGUCAAGGAUGCAGUUUUGCACCCGAUUCAGGUUGUAUUUGCUCGGGAAGGCGAAAGCGGCAGCACUAGACUGGUCCGGAGAACUCUUUUCGGUGCCAUGAAUUCCUAUCCACAGAAGAAGGUGAUAACGUUCAACAAGCACACAGAUGAUUUCGAUUUUUCGGUGGAUUAUGCUGAUUUAGAGCCGGUACUCGGAAAGGACGAAGUUGCCAACUUGGGCUCGCUAAACUUAACCAAGGUCAGUUUGAUGGAGGUGGCCAAAAAGUUGAACUCCAACAAGGCCGACAAUGUUGAGUCCAAGGGAAUCAAGGCUCAUUUCAUUCUGGACGAUUCCGGUUUGUUCUCGCUGGCCAACGUUGAAUUGGUUCUGGAGAAAACGAUGGAAAAGGAAGACGAUGAGAGUACUUUGCAGAAGCUGGGUAACACGAUAAGCAAACUGUUCUCUGGAGACACCGACGACGAUGAGAAACCAGCGACCUCAGAAGAAGCAUCUAAAGAAGAUGUCCCGAAGGAAGGAGAGCAGAGUGAUGGAAAGAAAUCCGAGGAGGAGAAAUCGGCCAACGCAAGCAGUGCGGAAAACUCCACUGCAGCCGGAGAGAAUGAGGCAACCAAAGGGAACAAAACGGAAAAACCAAAAAUUGUGACAAUUAAAGAGGAAAUUCCAUCCCAGGUGGAAGUGCUGUACAUUCAACCAUUGGAUGGAUCGGAAUUCGAAAAAUCAGUGAGCAAGAUCAAGGCUCUCAACGAAGUGGAAGACUCGAAGAAACGUCGCGAGACGGCAUUGAAUUCCUUGGAAAGUUUCGUCAUCGAUGCCCAGGUUAGGUUGGACGAAGAAGAGUAUGCGUCGUGCGCGACCCAAGCCGAAGCCGAUUUGAUUCGGAAGUCUUGCUCGGAGAUAUCCGAGUGGUUGUACGAAGGCGGAUCUGAUGCCGAUGCCGAGACAUAUGAAAAGAAGCUGGAGGAACUGCGUACCAUUGCGAAUGAGGUUUAUGCGCGCCACUGGGAACACAAUGAGAGACCGGAGGCUUUGAGUGCUCUGAAGCAGAUGAUCACCGGAGCGGACGGAUUUUUGGACAAGGCGAGAAACUUUACCAAGGAAGGAAAUGCAGAAAAGGACGUCUUCACCCAGGUUGAAAUCGACACCCUGGAGCGAGUAAUCAAAGAGACGAUCGAAUGGGAGAAGACCGAAGUGAGUGAACAGAAGAAGAUGGCCCGGAACGAACCAGUCCGAUUGACGGUCAAGGAUAUUACCGACAAGAUGUCUCUGUUGGACCGGGAAGUCAAGUAUCUAGUGAACAAAUUGAAACUGUGGCGACCAAAGGUAAAACCUACCCCUCCACCAAAGGUGGAAAAGGAUUCCAGUAAGCAGGAAGACCAAAAGACGGAGGAACAAGGAACGGAUGAUGCCGAACAGGUGAUCGAGGAAACGCCUAAGCAAAACGAUGGUGAAGAGGAACCGUCCAGUGAUGAGUGGCAGCAGGAGGAUGAGCAAGGCGAAAUCAAACCCAGUAAAACUGAAGAGCCCAGCGAGGAUGACCAGCAUACUGAGCUAUAGACGGGAAGUAGCUUCGAGCGAUAGGUUAGCACAAAUUCAUUCAUCCCCUCCGUUGUUCCCCUCGAUUCGUCCAGUAUAAGUUAUUUAUGUUACGUAUUCCUGCGGGUUUUCCCACAACCACCCCUCCUGUCGCCCUUAACUCUCAAAACCCCAACGUCAUAAAACUACCCCAUUUCAAUUCAAAAUAUGUUAAGAAUAAAAAGAUUGGUUUUUCAAAAUCCUUUAAAGCUCUUCAAAACUUGAGGAGGUUGCGGUUUGUUUGAGUUGGAUAGAUAAAAAAAAAAUCUAUUCAGAAAUGCCGGAGUUAUGAUAGGUUUAGAGCUUCAGUUACAGAUGGUGGGGGUUUGAGAGUUAAUCAGUGCAUGGGAUCAUUGCAAAGCAUUUUUUGUUUGUUUUUGAAAAUUGAAAAGUGAUUGACCAUUCCGAAGUAGGAGCGUGAUGGCUUCGUUCUGUUUUGUUUUCUCGUGUGAUGCAACUACCCCGGAACAGGCAGACCAACCUAAAGAAGAGACGACGAAAGAUGUCAAAUGAGACGAAAUGGCUUAAAAGCAGCAGUUUUGUAGGAUCAAAACUGGUAAGAAAAUUGGAUAGGCUGAUAAUAGUUAAGCUAAAGUAAUUGAAGUAAAAUCUGUAGUAAACGUAUUGAUGACUGUUAAACUAAAUCGUGACAACAGAAUUCUUAACAAAGGGAUGUGUGAGUCCUCUAAAAGUA